AUGAAUACAGUUUAUUAUUUUAUUUUUAGAGAAAUAAUUGAAAACUCAAGGAGAGCACUGGAUUUAUUACAGAAAGAACAACCUACAUUGAAGCCAACACUCUCUGUUGUGCAGGUUGGUGAUGAUGAUGUGGGACAAGAAGUUAUCAGAACCAUUGCUAGAAAGAUCGGCUUGGAUGUUGUUCAGAUUUGUCUUCCUCGUGAUUCUACUGAAAUCGAGAUCAUAGAUGAAAUCAUAAAGCUCAAUGAGAACCCUAAAAUCCAUGGCCUUCUCCUUCGCCUUUGUAAAGAGUCCUAUGCAAGCAAAAUAUUGAAUGCUGUAAAACCAGAGAAAGAUGUGGCGGGGGUAACUGAUUUUAAUUUGGCAAGGUUAGUGCAUGGAGACAUGAAUGAAUGUGUGGUCCCCCCUCUUGCCGGUGCUGUGAUCAAGAUUCUGGAAAAGCUAGCAUGUACUGACCUUGAUGGGAAAAAGGUGUUACUGUUGGGAGUUCAAGGAGUCUUGGAAGUUCCAUUGCAGUGCCUUCUUCAAAGAAAAGGGGCCAUGACAAUCAACUGCUCAUGGAAAACAAAGCAUCUUCAGACUAUGCUUCAAGAUGCUGAUAUGGUGGUAGUGGGUAGUACCAAACCUAAAGAGAUUCCAGUUACUUGGAUUAAACCUGACCUGGUCACAGUGGAUUGUUCUCAAGACAUUUUACAGGGACAAAAUGAUUUCAGUGAACAUCCUAUAAAGCCCGGUGACCAUUCUCUGAGGGAGGAUGUAAGGCAGCUGGCAGUGGCAAUAUGCAUGCAGAAUUUGGUGAAGAUCAGUGAGCGAUGGAUACAAUCCCAGCAAUAUAAGAACUGGAAUCUUCGUUGCCUGAAAUUGGAAACCCUUUCACCUGUUCCCAGUGAUAUUGAGAUUUCCCGACGACAGUGUCCAAAAGCUAUUGAUAUCCUUGCCAAGGAGGUAGGAUUGCUUACAAAUGAAAUAGAAGUCUACGGCCAAACCAAAGCCAAAGUGCGCCUCUCUCUGCUGGAAAGGUUGAAAGAUCAACCAGAUGGAAAAUAUGUGCUAGUUGCUGGGAUUACACCAACCCCUCUUGGGGAAGGGAAGAGCACGGUGACUAUUGGCUUGGUCCAAGCACUAACAGCCCACCUUAAAGUAAAUUCCUUUGCCUGCCUGCGACAGCCUUCUCAAGGACCAACGUUUGGUGUUAAAGGUGGAGCGGCUGGGGGCGGAUAUGCUCAAGUUAUACCAAUGGAAGAGUUCAACCUUCACCUCACUGGUGACAUUCAUGCCAUUACUGCGGCAAAUAACUUGCUGGCUGCUGCCAUAGAUGCUAGGAUUUUACAUGAGAACACUCAGUCUGAUAAGGCUUUAUAUAAUAGAUUGGUUCCAUUAGUUCAGGGUGAAAGGAAAUUUUCAAACAUACAGCUUGCACGCCUGAAGAGGCUGGGAAUAACCAAAACGGAUCCUAAAACAUUGACAGAAGAUGAGGUUAGCAGAUUUGUCCGACUUGACAUAGAUCCAGCUACAAUUACGUGGCAAAGAGUGGUGGACACAAAUGAUAGAUUCCUUAGGAAAAUAACAGUUGGUCAAGCAAGUACAGAGAAGGGUUUUUCUCGUCAGGCCCAGUUUGAUAUAGCUGUUGCAAGUGAAAUCAUGGCAAUCUUAGCACUGACAAGCAGUCUGUCCGAUAUGAAAGAAAGACUGGGGAAAAUUGUUGUUGCUAACAGUAAACAGGGGCAACCUGUGACAGCAGAAGAUUUGGGAAUUACUGGGGCAUUGUUAGUUUUGAUGAAGGAUGCAAUUAAACCAACACUGAUGCAGACAUUAGAGGGUACUCCUGUUUUUGUACAUGCUGGGCCUUUUGCAAAUAUUGCUCAUGGAAACUCUUCAGUUUUGGCUGACAAAAUUGCUCUUAAAUUGGUUGGAAAAGAAGGAUUUGUAGUAACUGAAGCUGGGUUUGGUGCUGAUAUUGGGAUGGAGAAAUUCUUCAACAUCAAAUGCAGAGCUUCUGGCUUGGUGCCUAGUGUGGUUGUGCUUGUUGCUACAGUGAGGGCUUUGAAGAUGCAUGGAGGUGGGCCAAGUGUAACAGCUGGUGCCCCUCUUAAAAAGGAAUAUACAGAAGAGAAUCUCAAGCUGGUAUCUGAUGGCUGUUGCAAUUUAGGGAAACAAAUUGAGAUUGCCCAGCAAUUUGGUGUUCCUGUUGUAGUUGCUCUGAAUGUUUUCAGAACGGACUCUCCUGCUGAGAUUGACUUAGUCUGUGAGAUUGCCAGACAGUCUGGAGCAUCGGAUGCAGUGCCUUGCAAUCACUGGUCGGAAGGAGGCAGAGGAUCUGUGGAAUUGGCUCAAGCCGUAAGAAAAGCUGCUAAUCAGCCAAAUAGCUUCAGAUACCUGUAUGACCUGGAGCUUCCCAUCACUGAAAAAAUAAGAACCAUAGCUCAGAAAAUCUAUGGAGCUCAGGAUAUAGAGCUGUCUCCUACAGCAGAAUCGCAAAUAACCCGUUACAGUCAACAGGGAUUUGGAAAUUUGCCUAUCUGUAUGGCAAAAACUCACCUGUCCCUUUCUCACAUGCCUGACUGGAAAGGGGUCCCCACUGGCUUCAUUCUGCCUAUUAGUGACGUGAGGGCCAGUAUCGGAGCCGGCUUUAUAUAUCCAUUGGUGGGAACGAUGAGCACUAUGCCAGGAUUGCCUACGAGACCUUGUUUCUAUGAUAUUGACCUAGACCCUGAAACUGAAGAAGUUAAAGGGCUGUUUUGAACCAAAGGAUGAAGCAGAGUAUAAGACUUCUGAAAAGACAAAUUGCAGUGUUUCCUGGAGUAUGAGACAAGCAUGAAUUUGGAGAAUGCCGGCAACAUAUCUCUGGAAGAAUACUGGAAUAAACCAAAGCAGAGAAGCACACUUAUCACCAAACCUCUUCUGUAAUGAAAAACCUAAGAACAAUAAAAGCAUGGAUUUAUUCUAAAUGUA